AUGGGGCUGCUCCGGAUUAUGUUGCCGCCUAAGUUGCAGCUCUUGGCGGUGAUGGCGUUCGGGGUGUCCGUCCUUUUCCUGGAGAAUCAGAUUCAGAAACUGGAGGAAUCCCGCGGGAAGCUCGAAAGGGCUAUUGCAAAACAUGAAGUUCGGGAAAUAGAGCAGCGCCAUACAGUAGAUGGCUCUCGAUCAGAUCUUAUCCCAGAUGAAGAUGAUGAUGUAGUGAUCAUUUACAAUCGAGUACCUAAAACUGCAAGUACAUCUUUCACAAACAUUGCAUAUGAUCUUUGUGCGAAGAAUAAGUAUCAUGUUCUUCAUAUCAACACAACCAAAAACAAUCCGGUUAUGUCUCUACAAGAUCAGGUACGUUUUGUGAAGAACAUAACUUCAUGGAAAGAAAUGAAACCAGGAUUUUAUCAUGGACAUAUAUCUUUCUUGGAUUUUGCAAAAUUUGGUGUUAAGAAGAAACCAAUAUACAUCAAUGUCAUAAGAGAUCCUAUAGAACGGCUGGUUUCUUAUUAUUACUUCCUGCGCUUUGGUGAUGAUUACAGGCCUGGACUCCGAAGGCGAAAGCAAGGGGAUAAAAAAACCUUUGACGAAUGUGUAGCAGCUGGAGGCUCAGAUUGUGCUCCGGAGAAACUCUGGCUUCAAAUACCAUUUUUCUGUGGGCAUAGCUCUGAAUGCUGGAAUGUGGGAAGCAGAUGGGCUUUGGAACAAGCCAAAUACAACUUGAUUAAUGAAUAUUUCCUAGUGGGAGUUACUGAAGAGCUUGAAGACUUCAUUAUGUUGCUGGAGGCAGCUUUGCCUCGCUUCUUCAGGGGUGCUACAGAAUUAUAUCGAACAGGUAAAAAGUCUCACCUUAGGAAAACGACAGAGAAGAAGCUCCCCACAAAAGAAACCAUUGCAAAGCUCCAGCAGUCUGAAAUCUGGAAAAUGGAGAAUGAGUUCUAUGAAUUUGCUCUUGAGCAAUUUCAAUUUGUCAGAGCCCAUGCAGUUCGAGAAAAAGAUGGAGAGCUAUAUAUUCUGGCACAAAACUUUUUUUAUGAAAAGAUCUACCCCAAAUCAAACUAAAGACGAUGCAUAUUUUUAGGUUAAGAAAACAAACCUUGUGGUCACAUCCUUGUCCUCAGCACCAAUUUGUAGAUGAUCGAUAAAUCCACUGAAGUGCUUUGAUCUUGAGCUCGGUAGAGUGUACUGUGUGUCGCUGGAAGAAGAUAGCUGAAGAGUAGACCUUGAUCACCUCUGAGUUUAAACUUCAGUUUCUUUAAUAUUCUGAAAGAAGGUUAUUACCUAGACCUUGCACAAAGAUUUACAGAAAUUAAGCACAUACCAGUUGUAGCUGAAGUUUAGGUGAAAAACUUCCUUUUAUUGUCUUCUUGAUUCAUAGGACAGCUUCUUUUACUUAACGCAGUGCAGAGAGGAGUUGGUUCAAGAUGGAAAUUUGGGUUGUAUACACUUAUGAAUAAUAUAAAUAACUGGUGGACAUUUGUGCUUUGUUCUUGUGAAUUCAUAUCACCUGACAUUCCUUGGGAUGUUCACCUUCUAAGAAAUGAUGCAGCUGGACGUACCUGAAUUUAUAAAUAAUGGAUUUUCAUUUUAAGAAAUUAGAACUGGUCAUCAGUGUUUUGUUUUUUUUUAAAUCAAAUCCUAUAGUAAUAUUGUAAAAAAGGCUGAAAAUCACUCAGUGUUUCUUUAAUAUCUUUUGAACCUCAGUCUUACAUUGGAAAAACUCUUAAGAAGUGAGGUUUUGCCUACACUUCAGUGUAAAACAGAUAAUGGAUUCUGUAUCAAUGUUCCAUGAAUUCUUUGUAUUUUUAACAACUACUGGCAAAUCCAUAUUCUGACUCAACCAGUGAGCCUGUGGUAUGGUUAGGGUUUUCCUAUUUAGAUACUUUUACCAGUAGAAUAUUUUUACUAAGAUGCUUUACAAUGUGUUUUAAAGCAUUGCAUUUGCAAAAGGAGAAAGCAGCUGUAAAUAAUGCAUAUUUUAUGUAUUUGGACCAAAAGGUUAGAAGUAAAUUGUUUAAAGUGUCUUUGCACCAAUUUUGUUGGAUGAAAAGUAAAAAACAAUCUGAUUUGCUGUUUCAAACCCCACUUUGAAUUAACACUUGGACAUCACUGAAACAUGCUUCGGUGAUCUCAACAAAUUUAAAUAUAGUGUUUCUGCCCUGAAUCUCUUAUUUUUUUCAGAAAACAACUUAAUCUUCAUCUUUUUUAUCAUGAUUGAAAGGAAAAAGGAAAAUUGAUGCAUGUGGCCUGGCGAAGAGAGAUAUAACAGAAAUUGAUAUCAGUGUAUAUUCAUUGAACUGCCUUAUGUUACUUAGUAAAAUUGCAUUUGCCACAGUUAGCACCUUACAACAUAAAUGAAAUUGUUUAGCAAUUAACAUUCUGAAAUGCUAGAUUUUAAACAACAAUCAUGAACAUUUGCCAUUCUUAAAAUUCUCUGUUGGUGCACAGUUCUACUUGAAUUUUUUAAAAAAAAUAGCAUUAAGGUUUGAAGAGUUUUAAAACAAUCCGUUAAAAAACAGACUUUGAAUUUCACAUUCAGUAGAGUGCUAUAUAUUGAGAUGAAAACGUUAUCAAAAGUGUGUAUCUAUUAUACAGACAAAACAGGUUCUAUCUAUAAUUGAAUGUUUUAAUGCCAAAAACACGAUAACUGUUAUAAUAAGGUAAUGAGACUGUUAAGUAAAGCUUUUACCUUUAUGUAUAUUUUACUUUGACUAGUUCUUAAGAGAGAUUUUAAAAUGGCACUGCUUUCCUAUGCAGUGUGCUUUUGUUUAGUUGACAAGUGCUGAUUAUGUUACUUCUCUAUAUUACCAUAAGUCUGACUGUUUUAUGGCCAUUUAAGUCCAGCUGAAUGAGUUAUGGGGAAAUGCAGUAAUUCUUACUAGACUAUUUAAAAUAUAUUAAAACUUAGGAACCUUGAGUAUGGAUGUUGACAGCCCAACAAAAAUGUUGAUUGUGCAGGCUAAUGAUUAUAUAGUUUGCCUGUUUUCCAUUCUUGUAUGCUGGGAAGAGAAUUUAAGGUUCUGCUUCAAAACAAGAGGUUGUGCAACAUAAUCUGAGCUAGCGUCACUGUGAAGAUAUAAAUGUGACUGCAAAUUAUUUCCAAAACCCAGUAUGGAUCCUUCUCCUUAACAUGGCAUAGAUUAUAUGGGAUAUCCAUCCUUGCAGAUUCUCCACUAUGUGGAUGUGUUUUAAAGGAAAGAGUAUAUGUCUACUAAUUAGACAUGAGCUGCUUUGCCUUUAGGUGUAUCUUUAUUACUUCAGGUGCAUUUUAGAUACUCAGGCAAUGAUAUCUACUGUUACCUGAGAUUAAGUCCUAAUUGAACACAUUGGGAUUCAUUUGUGAAUGAAUGCAUAUGAUUAUGCUGGCAAUAUUGUAAAAUAUACAGCAAGUGGGUAAAAAGGCCCUUUUUAAUUUCCUAAAUGCUCAUUUUGAAAGCAAGCUGUAGCAGCUGUGUAUCUUUUAGUUUAGUUAACUUAAAUCAUAAAUGAAUUAUAUUUGGAUUCAUGAGAUAUCAUUGGAUACCAUAGUACUCCAUUUAGGGAAAAUAAUGUUCCUCAUGACUAUUUAAUGCUAGAAAGUGUAUGAGAAGUUGCUGUGAUAUUAAGAUAUUGGCAGAAAAAAUUAAAAUGUAUGAUUGCAUUUAAAAUGAAACACAGUAUUUUGAGACCCACAACACUGCUAUUGCAUCUUACACUUCAAAGCAUCUGUCUUUUAUUCCCUUUUAAAUAAUUGAAUAAAGCUCUUAAUGUUUACAAAGUAAAAUAUGGGCUUCUAAACAUUUGAUACAAACUUACAAAUUAUAAACAUUAAUUAAAGCAGGAUAUAGUUUACACAUUUCAACAGUAUUGAAAGUUUUAUUAAUGAAUUAUCUUCCUAGAGGAGGCUGUUUGACUAUGAUUUUAUUUCACAACUAAAAGCAUAGUUUAAAAGGCCAAUUUCUAUUCAUUUAGAAAGAAUCUUUAAAGCAGAACUGUUUGAAUCUUAGCAGUCAAAGAGAGGGUGGUCAGAGCUUUGAUCUUUAAAGAACCACCUUAUCUCUUGUUAGUUAACAUUCUCUGCUUUUUGCUACUAUAAUUGACUUACUUGUUCCCUAAAUACUUUUCUUCUAAUUACUUGCUGUUUCUGGAUAUUCCAUUUAGAAUUCACAGAAAGUUUAGCUGAGCCUUUUGUGGGGGAGAGAUGAAAUACAUAACAAGGACAAAUAAGAUACUUUUAUGGAGGAGGGAUAGGGCAGUAUCGUUCAGUGUGGCUGAGGUCUCAUUUUUAAUCUUGAAUAUAAUUGUAAACAUGGGCAUACAGGAACAAAAAACUAUGUCAAACUCAGGCUUGAUUUGAAAUGUCUUACUGGAAUGACUAGAGGAUUUUAAACUUAUUCCAGAAUUUUAAAAAUGUAAUUAUGAAAGAUCUAUAUAGGAAUAUGUUUCAGCUCAAUUCUACAUGCCCUUAUCCAUGUGGAAGUAAGACUAUUUUGUGGAGAAAGUUUGUCUUCAAAUCUUCCCUAUCAAGAUCAGGGAAUCAAGAAUAGAAAUUGGCAUGGAUUGGCAUCUUCAGAUUGUAUUGAUAAUCCAUCACCCAAUAAGGACUUACAAUAUAAUUUGUUCUGGAAUACUUAUAAGGUGUUCCAGGAAAGGCUAUUAAUUGUAGAAUUAACAUUUUAAAAAAAUUGUAAUUAUUGAAAUAAUUACAAGUAUAAAGUCUAGAUUUUUCUCCUUUACUGCACAUAAAGCAGAUAUAAAAAUUCUACACACCCCUAUCAAAAUGUCAUCUCAAAUGUUUUUGAGAUGUAAAAAAAUAAGACUAAGAUAAAUCACUUCAGAAUUUUUCCCCUUUAACGUAUAAGCUGUUAUAAUUCAAUUCAAAAACAAACUGAAAUCUUUUUUUUGCGGGGAGAAACCAUGUAAUAUGGUUGUUUAAGCCUGUGCCUUCUUAAACUAAUACUUUGUUCAAGCAUCUUUGGAUUUUAUGACAACAUUCACUCUUCUGGGAUUGGAACCUAUCAGUAUAGCCCAUCUUGCUUUGGAAAUCUUUGCUCACACUUUCUUACACAAGUGUUUCAAAUCUGUCCAAUUUGAUCAAAUUAUGCCCCAAAAUUCAACCUUAGUCUCAUCAGACCAUAACACAUUUUCCUGCAUGCUUUUUUUUGCCAGACUUGGUGUACUGUAGUUUUUGCAAAAUGUAGCUGGGCUUAGAUGUUUUCCUUUGUAGGG